AAAAAAAUUUGAAUUAAAAAAUAUGCCAUUAAAUAUCAUGAGAGUAAUUCAAAAUAAAGCAACUGAUUGUAAUAUUUUUGCAACUAUCAUUGACAUGGCAGAAUCGACAGAAUCAAAGGAUGAUUUUUUUACUUGUCAAGUACUUUGUCCACCUAAUGGAAAACCAAGUCUCAUAAUUCAUUGUAUUCAAAAAAAAUUUAAAAAGCGUGAAUGCAAAUUGAAAAUUGGGUGGAUGGUAAUAGGAUACUAUACAGAUGAUUUUAAUUUCAUACUUUCAGAUUUUAAUGCUCAAUUAAAGAUUUUGAAAAAUGAAAAUAUAUCAGACAAUCAAGCUAUGAUUAAUAUGGAAAUAUUAAAUGUUGAAUAUGAUUCAUAUGUCUAUAAAGUUCCCCCUUGUUUAGGAAUUCCUGUAUUGACUAAACUAGAUUCUUCAAAUUGUUCUCUCAUUAUCGGACAUCAUUUUUUUAAUGCUCAAGAAGAAAAUAAGAUUGGAGCCUACAUGUUCUCUUAUUGUUCAAAAGAUAACAAUUAUGUAAAAUUGCCUGAUUUUGAUUUUUAUACAUUGAUUAUUUCAGACUACCAAAACCUUAAUACUUGUAACAUAAUUCCUUUUGAAUAUCCAAAUUAUUCAAUUAUGAAAAAAAAGCCAUAUAUUAACCUUAACAAUAAUGUUGCUAAUUCAUCUCCGAAAUUUAUUAGUUUAUUUUCUACACAAAAAACUAAUUGUGGACCAAUGUUUUUAAAACAAAAUUAUAAAAAGAUUGAAAUUAAAAUUAUUGACUGUAGAUGCAAAUGUAAUUUCAAAAAUAAACCAUUAGAAACAUCAAAAAAUUACAUUGAAUGUUCGUUCCUUGAUCCAUAUAAUAAGAAGGAGAUGAGAGGCUUUUAUGUGAAUAUGUAAAAAGUUUAUAUCAAUUCAUUUUUUUCUAUGUACUUUAUAUUUUAUAGUAUAUUAAAUUAAACGUUAUAAUGUUUUACAUUUAAGA